AUGGCAGACGAACCACGCCGCUCUGGGCGAGCCACCAAAGGCCAGCAUACCAAUAACAAGCCAUCAUCCUCACCGGCUCCCUCCUUACCCAAAACAACGAAGACUGCCAAAUCGAAGGCAGCAAAGAAGUCCGUAGAGCCCACUCCAACCCCGUCCGAUGCGCAAGAUGAACAAGACGACGACGAAGUCAGAUGCAUCUGCGGUAACACCGACCCGAACGAUAAGCGCGCCUUCAUCGGGUGCGAUGAGUGCGGAGUAUGGCAGCACAAUGUCUGCAUGGGCAUCACGGAGAAAGAAGACGAGGUCGGCGACAGCUACUCCUGCGAGCAGUGUCGGCCGCAAGAUCACGCGGAGACGCUGCAGGCGAUGGCGAGAGGAGAAAGGAUCUGGGAGGUCAGGAAUAAGAUUUACGCGACCGAGAAGAAGGCGGGAAAGAAUCGCAAGGGGAAGAAAGAGCCGGGGUGGUUGAAGAAGGAUGUGCCACUCGAGGAGGGCGCUACACCAGACCAGGAACCACAAGCGGCAGGGAGCAAGAGGAAGAGACCAAACGACGAAGCGGUCAAGGCACAGAGUGAAGAGCGACAGGAGACCAUCAAGAGCGAGCAGGAAGAUGUUGAUGGUAAGGCAGGUCAGCCGCUGGCGAGGCAGGACAAGCGGCGCAAGUCCGCAGCUCCAGUGAGCGUGGAUCCAGAGACGGAGAUUGUGGGCAUCGAGCAGUUACCGAUCGAUCGCCAGAAAAUUGUCACGGCUUUGAGCAAGAUCGUAGCCGACGACAUCACCGCUCGGAGCAAGGCAGGCGCAUACCGCAUCCCAGAUGGACACACGGCGAAGUCGCUCGGAGAGUACUACGCUUUGCGCAUUGAGUACUCGCUGAAGAUGAACCACGGUGAUCCCGCCAGCGAAAGUUAUCGCGCGCAGUUUAGGACGCUCAACGCGAAUCUGAAGAAGAACAAGCUACUUAUUGAGAGACUGCUCAAGAAGAGCUUGACGCCGGAUGAAUUGAGCACCAUGAGCUCGUCAGACAUGGCCAGCGAAGAGCUGCAAAAGGAACGCGCCGCCAUGAAGGAGCAGCUGGACCGGCAGGCCAUCGUCACCGAGACAGAAGGUCCACGCUACAGACGCACCCACAAAGGCGACGAAUUGAUUGAGGACGAGAACGCGCAGAUGGGCUUCAGUGGCGCCUCUUCAGCGCAGCCGGUCAGGGAGCGGACGAGCCUUGCAGAUGCUGAGAUGGCGGACGCCGGCAGUCCAGCCGGGCCACCAGAGGGUGCUGCCUCACCGCAGAGGACAGGUGCGCAACCGCUGACGGUUAACACUCGUGGCGACAGCAACGCCGGCAUGCAGGAGCGUCGGCAAAGCAGCCAGCAGUUCGACAUGAAUAGCAUUUGGGGUAGAACAGCUGGCUCACCCACUGCCGCCUCUGGCCCAAGGCCUCUUCAGAUGCCGCCACGCCGCCGCAGCUCCGUUCAGCAGCAGCAAGUCGGAGGCGGUGGCACCAAGGUCGACGCGGAUGUUGAUCGCAUGCUUCAAGAUGACGAUGAUGAAGCGUACUCACCAGCCGACUACACCGACCCAGACGCCGUUGUGUGGCGUGGCAAGCUUGUUCAAUCCGCCGACUCAGUUGCUCCAAACGUCUGUGGCCGCUGGGUGGCUGGACGCGACAUUAGUAGCACUGUGAAGUGGGACAAGCUGCUACCAGAUCACCUCAACAUCGACGGCAGACUCGCUAUUGAGAAGGCCGAAGACUAUCUCUGCUCGCUUCAGUACUCAUCGUCCUCCGACGUCAGCGUGCUCGCUUUCACGCCGGCUGAUGACGCAGAUGCAGAAGGCUUCAACACAUUCUACAACUACUUCCAAUCGCGCUUGAGGUACGCUGUUGUCAAGGACGACAAGCCGGCGAUGGUCAAGGAUCUCUACAUCAUCCCAUUCGAGCCCGGCGAGACCUUCCCGCCACACGUCGGCAUGCUCGAGACGAACCACAUGCUUGAGCAUCCGUUGCAGCGAAAGACCUUGCUCGCUUCCUUCGUCAUUGGCCGUGCUCCAGGCACUCCGCCGGUAGAUCAAGGUGGUGCAGUGGCUGGGAACGCGUCUACCGCACCUCAGCAGCAGGCAGUCGGCGCCAACGGCCAGCAGGUCCUACCACAGCAUAUGAGGGCUGCGACACAGGGUCCGGCUGGUAGUCCCAUGAACCCGAGCAGCUCUACCUUCUCGCCAGGCGCCGCCCACAACGCCGGCUUUCAACAACAACAACAACAACAACAACAACCAGCGGGCUACGGUACCGGCAUUCCACCCAACCCCUACACACCAACCCCACCAGGUGCCGCUGGCAACCAGGCACCUCCGCCCGCCUGGCAACAGCAUGGCCAACAACCCUACCCUGGCGGGCCUCCGCAAGGCCCUGGUCAGCAAUUCGCGAAUCCACAGAUCGCUCAGAUCUUAGGACCUUUCCUUGACUGCUCGACGGCGCAGGCUGUCCUUGCGGCCGACCCGAACCUUCCAAUAGAGAAGGUGAUGCAUCUGAGGCAGAUUCUGGAGGAGGAACCAAGGACGAGGACGGAUUUGGUGGCGCUUGGGCAGAGGCUGGGGCAGUUUGGUCCACGGUAG